GGAAUCCUGUAAAACAUCAGGACGAGAUGUUGUCAAUCAGUGGACACUGGAGGACCACACAGGACAGAGGACAGUGACACCCCCAAAGCUCCAGGAACAGAUGCAUUUCCAUGUUAUUUGACUUGUGUAACACAUUGUUUUGUAGCAGCGGAGAAUGACUUGGGUCACGUGUCUGUCGGACAGUGAGCCUGUGAACAUGUUCCGAUGGAGCUCUGAGAAGUCCACCAGAGACCAUCUGACGAAGUGUACAGAACCUUCUGCAGCACAGAAAUGGCCCGACGGUGCAGCUACACCAGCGUCCAGAUCCCGGACCCUCACCGGCCCGGCAUCCUGCGGACCAUCCUCAGGAUCAGAGGACCGGCCUCCCUGAUCGGCACCUCACCCGGUCCCCCACCUGACUGCGACCCCAGCAGCUGGGAUACUGCCCCUCCAUCCAGGAGCUCGGCGAGUCAACGCUUAACGUGGAGGACUUUCUCCAUCCUGGACCCCAACCGGCCCGGCAUCCCUCGGCUCAUCCUCCGUAGGUUCCCAGUCUCAAAACCCACGACUGGCUCCUCCACUAAAUCUUUCUGUAGCAUCCCCCCAAUUUCCACCCUAAGGCGACUUAAGAGAAGUGCCUCUAAUCCACUUCAACGACCAGGUAAGUCUUUCAGGGUAAGUCCUCCUGAACCACCUCAGGGACCAGGUAAGACUUUAAGGGUAAGUCCUCCUGAACCAAUAAUGAAAAGGAGCUGUGAUCGAGUGGAGUUCGUAAACCAGUUUAAAAGCUGGUGGAGCAACAGAUUCCCAGGAACUCUGGGUAAUGUUAAACACCAGGAAAAAGGUAUGUCUUAUAAGGUAAGGCCCUCUAGACGCCUCCAUGGACCAGGUGAACCUUUAAAAGUCAGGCUCCCAAAACCGCCACCUGGGGAACCUUUAAAGGUAAGUUCCCCUAAACCUCCUCAGGGACCUUGCAAACCUUUGAAGGUAAGUCCCCCUAAGCCUCCUCAGGGACCUUGCAACCCUUUGAAGGUAAGUCCCCCUAAGCCUCCUCAGGGACCUUGCAACCCUUUGAAGGUAAGUCCCCCUAAGCCUCCUCAGGGACCUUGCAACCCUUUGAAGGUAAGUCCCCCUAAGCCUCCUCAGGGACCUUGCAACCCUUUGAAGGUAAGUCCCCCUAAACCUCCUCAGGGACCUUGCAACCCUUUGAAGGUAAGUCCCCCUAAACGUCCUCAGGGACCUGGGGAACCAUUGCAGGUAAGUCCCCCUAAACCUCCUCAGGGACCUGGGGAACCAUUGCAGGUAAGUCCCCCUAAACCUCCUCAGGGACCUUGCAACCCUUUGAAGGUAAGUCCCCCUAAACGUCCUCAGGGACCUGGGGAACCAUUGCAGGUAAGUCCCCCUAAACCUCCUCAGGGACCUGGGGAACCAUUGCAGGUAAGUCCCCCUAAAUCUCCUCAGGGACCUGGGGAACCAAUCCAGGUAAGUCCCCCUAAACCUCCUCAGGGACCUGGGGAACCAAUCCAGGUAAGUCCCUCUAAACCUCCUCAGGGACCUGGGGAACCAUUGCAGGUAAGUCCUGGUGAGUGUCGGCCGUAUGGGACUAGCCUGAGCCGGAGUGGGUGUAGACAUGAGGCUUUAUCUAGAGUGGCGGGACCAGUUUGACAGCUGGGUGGUGCAACAGAAACACUGAAGCUCCAGGUAAUAUUCAACACUAUGAUCCAAAUAAGAAUGUUUAUUCUUUUGAAAGGACUUUAUCUGAGUUUGAAAUCACUUACUUAAAUUAAAAUAAUUUACAUGUUGUAAUAAUUAAGUUGUAUUAAGCUGUAUUAAGUUGUAUUUAGUUGUAUAUUUUUGAUUUGAUAGUAUUUCUGUAUUAAUGCUCCAACCUUCCAAUUCUGUAAGACAGGAACACGAUUAUCUCCACUUACUGCAUCUGAAGUGCCUGUGCAAUCCUCAACAAAGGUCUGUUCAAAGCACCUUCUUUCACUUAAAAGCACUUAAUCUUACUUUCAUAUUAUGUCAGCCAUCUGCUGUCCUAGCCUCCGCUAGCAGGCAGCAGACAGCUGCUUUAAUAUGCUCUACCAGAAGUAUCCAGUUCCACCUGCAAACUCAAACCUCCACUGACAGCUUGCGGCAUUAAACUGCAGGUGCUGCCUCCACCUGCAGAUUGUUGCAGACAAUAUUAUUCAGAACCUCCACCCACACCCUCUGCCAGUAAACCACAGAUGCCGCCUCCACUGCAUUUUACUGGUCGACAGCUACAGGCCAAGCCUCCACCAACACCCUCUGCCACGAAACUUAGGUGCAUCCUCCGUCUGCACUGUACAGGCCGACUUACAUACCAAAUCCCCUGGCCACUUUCAACAACUUUCAUCCGCCGGCACUCCAUAACAGCCUCCAUCCCUGAUCUGCACCUGUCAAUUCAGCUUGGUCCAACUCCAGGCCUGAUCCUUCACCCUGCCAGUAAAGGAGGUGUCCAGCCUUCUAAAGACAAGCAAGCCUCCUGAACCCCCAUCUCUGGUCCGUUCCGUUGACUUGAAAAUCACCUCCACUUUAAAAUUCGGCUUAACAUCUACAAUCCACAGCCUCUGCCAGCAAACUGCAGGGCCCACCUUCUUUUUGUCUGCAGGCCAAACCUCCACCUACAACCUCUGCCAGUAAACUGCGGGAGCCUCCUCCGCCUGCAUUUUACUGGCAGACACUGAGAGGCCAAACGUCCACCUACAGCCUCUGCCAGUAUACUACAGGGGCUUCCUCCAUCUGUAGUGUUUGGCAGAAAGAGCUGGCCCAAUAUCCACCUCCAGUAUUUGCCAGUGAACUGCAGGAGCCUCCUCCUGCAUUUUACUGCAGUUGAAAUGUGUGUACCUAAAGCCUGAAGCCUCUAGCAGUAGACUGCAGGUGUCUCCUCCACCUGUAUUUUACUUGCAGACUGCUUCAGUCCAAACCUCCACCUGGAGCCCAUGCCAAUAUACUGCAGGUGUGCCCCCCUUCUGUAUAUUCUGGCAGACUGCUGCAGACCAAACCUCUGUAGCGUUUGGCAGACACCUAGAGGCCAAACCUCCACCUACAACCUCUGCCAGUAAACUGCGGGAGCCUCCUCCGCCUGCAUUUUACUGGCAGACACUGAGAGGCCAAACGUCCACCUACAGCCUCUGCCAGUAUACUACAGGGCCUUCCUCCAUCUGUAGUGUUAGAAAGAGCUGGCCCAAUAUCCACCUCCAGUAUUUGCCAGUGAACUGCAGGAGCCUCCUCCUGCAGGAGCCUCCUCCUGCAGUUCAUUGCAGUUGAAAUGUGUGUACCUAAAGCCCGAAGCCUCUAGCAGUAGACUGCAGGUGUCUCCUCCACCUGUAUUUUACUUGCAGACUGCUUCAGUCCAAACCUCCACCUGGAGCCCAUGCCAAUAUACUGCAGGUGUGUCCCCCUUCUGUAUAUUCUGGCAGACUGCUGCAGACCAAACCUCUGUAUUGUUUGGCAGACACCUAGAGGCCAAACCUCCACCUACAACCUCUGCCAGUAAACUGCGGGAGCCUCCUCCGCCUGCAUUUUACUGGCAGACACUGAGAGGCCAAACGUCCACCUACAGCCUCUGCCAGUAUACUACAGGGGCUUCCUCCAUCUGUAGUGUUUGGCAGAAAGAGCUGGCCCAAUAUCCACCUCCAGUAUUUGCCAGUGAACUGCAGGAGCCUCCUCCUGCAUUUUACUGCAGUUGAAAUGUGUGUACCUAAAGCCUGAAGCCUCUAGCAGUAGACUGCAGGUGUCUCCUCCACCUGUAUUUUACUUGCAGACUGCUUCAGUCCAAACCUCCACCUGGAGCCCAUGCCAAUAUACUGCAGGUGUGCCCCCCUUCUGUAUAUUCUGGCAGACUGCUGCAGACCAAACCUCUGUAGCGUUUGGCAGACACCUAGAGGCCAAACCUCCACCUACAACCUCUGCCAGUAAACUGCGGGAGCCUCCUCCGCCUGCAUUUUACUGGCAGACACUGAGAGGCCAAACGUCCACCUACAGCCUCUGCCAGUAUACUACAGGGCCUUCCUCCAUCUGUAGUGUUUGGAAGAAAGAGCUGGCCCAAUAUCCACCUCCAGUAUUUGCCAGUGAACUGCAGGAGCCUCCUCCUGCAGUUUACUGCAGUUCAAAUGUGUGUACCUAAAACCUGAAGCCUCUAGCAGUAGACUGCAGGUGUCUCCUCCACCUGUAUUUUACUUGCAGACUGCUUCAGUCCAAACCUCCACCUGCAGCCCAUGGCAAUAUACUGCAGGUGUGUCCCCCUUCUGUAUAUUCUGGCAGACUGCUGCAGACCAAACCUCUGUAGCGUUUGGCAGGCAGCUGCUGGCCAAGCCUCCACCUACAUCUGCCAGUAAACUACAGGAGCCUCCUACGCCUGCAUUUUACUAGCAGACACCUAUAGGCCAAACGUCCACCUACAGCCUCUGCCAGUAUACUACAGGGCCUUCCUCCAUCUGUAGUGUUUGGAAGAAAGAGCUGGCCCAAUAUCCACCUCCAGUAUUUGCCAGUGAACUGCAGGAGCCUCCUCCUGCAGUUUACUGCAGUUCAAAUGUGUGUACCUAAAACCUGAAGCCUCUAGCAGUAGACUGCAGGUGUCUCCUCCACCUGUAUUUUACUUGCAGACUGCUUCAGUCCAAACCUCCACCUGCAGCCCAUGGCAAUAUACUGCAGGUGUGUCCCCCUUCUGUAUAUUCUGGCAGACUGCUGCAGACCAAACCUCUGUAGCGUUUGGCAGGCAGCUGCUGGCCAAGCCUCCACCUACAUCUGCCAGUAAACUACUGGAGCCUCCUACGCCUGCAUUUUACUGGCAAACACCCACUGAGAGGCCAAACGUCCACCUACAGCCUCUGCCAGUAUACUACAGGGGCUUCCUCCAUCUGUAGUGUUUGGCAGAAAGAGCUGGCCCAAUAUCCACCUCCAGUAUUUGCCAGUCAACUGCAGGAGCCUCCUCCUGCAGGUGUCUCCUCUACCUGCUGUUUGUGGCAGCCAGCUGCAGUUCACACCUCUUUCUACAGCCUCCUUUAGCAACUAAAAUCCUUCAGCCCUCCACAGCCACCUCCACCCCUGGCCUCCACCUGUCAUCCUGGAAGACAGCUCUUGAAACCUGCUCAAUCUCCUUCUUGGUCCAGCCUCCAGCCUUCAGUCUACUCCAUACUAGCAGGCUUCCUGAAUCUUCAUCUCUGGUCCCCGCCGUUGACCUGAAACUCCACCUCCACUUGACAAUUCUAGUAGGCGCCUGCAACCCGAACGUCCAUCUACAUCCUCUGCCUUCAACUUCCACCAGCCUCCACCAGUGAAUUCUGAGAAACAGCUUUCACUCCCAGCCAACUUGUUCCACAUGUUGCCCUCAGCCUUCUUCACCGACAUGCAUCGCUGCCUCACCCUUAGAUGCUUGCGUGUCAUCCAUAAAGCACGUUACAUCAAGAAGAAGCAGAGGUGAAACCUGCAUUUUAAACAUACAUACAUUUUAAACAAACUUUGUAAAUAAGCAUAUCCAUAUUGAUGACUUAAGUACAAUUCUCUACAGAAAAUGUUAGUUUUCUGAGAUUUAGUUUGUAUGAGAUAUUCACACAUUUUAUUUGUGGUUUCCACAGACUUCCUGAUCUACCAGCAGCUGACUACAAGAUCAUCAGAGAUGAUGCAUCACAUAUGCUUCCUCCUCUAUGUUCAACGUCUGCUCUUCUCAGAGCUCAAUAAAAUACAACACUUUGCAAAGAGUAA